GAAUAGUUCUUUGCGGGCCAUUUCUCAAAACGCAUCGGUCUCACGGUUUCUGGGCGGCAUUCUGUGUUGUAAAGUCUGCUCUCGCAUUAGAAACGUCUGCAUUCUAAUAUUCGGUUGCCAACUUUUUUUUUUUUUGUUUUUUAUAUUUAGUUUAAUUUUAAGCUUUUUUUCUACAUCACACGGAGAUUUCCCAAGAACUGCUAUUGCUGCGGUGCGGUUGGCUAACAUAUUCUAAUAAUAUUUGACUGAGAGCAUAAGAAAACAAUACCGAACGAAGGACCCAACAUCUGAAUCAACAUGGAUCCCGAAGCAUUCUUGGAUAUGGCCAAUCAGGUCAUCAAAUUGAAAAUGUUUCCAUACUUUGAUAUAGCGCACAGUUUGUUGGCCGCUCUCGCGGUGCGAGAAGAUUUGGGUACCAAUGCGCAGGCAUUUUCACGUAAACAUCCGCUGGCCUGUUGGUUGUCGACAAUGCUGGUUAUAUUUUCGGGAGCGAUGGUAGCAAACGCUCUACUCGGUGAGCCCAUCCUAGCACCAUUAAAAAAUACUCCCCAGUUAUUGGUAGGCACAGCGGUAUGGUAUAUGGUCUUCUAUACGCCUUUCGAUAUUGGUUAUAAAAUUGGUAAAUUUUUACCUGUCAAACUAGUGGCCAGUGCUAUGAAAGAAAUUUACAGAGCCAAAAAAGUAUACGACGGUGUUACACAUGCCGCGAAAUUGUAUCCAAACGCUUGGAUAAUAAUGAUUAUUAUUGGAACUAUAAAGGGCAACGGUGCUGGCUUUACCAAGCUAUUAGAACGUUUAAUACGGGGUGCCUGGACUCCUACCGCCAUGGAAUUCAUGCAACCGUCCUUUUACACCAAAGCUUCCCUGUUGGCUUCAAUUAUCUUUGUUCUUGACAAGAAAACCGAUUGGAUGUCUGCCCCGCAUGCUUUAGUGUAUUUCGGCAUAGUUAUUUUCUUGGUCUACUUCAAAUUGUCUUCCAUUCUAUUGGGUAUCCACGAUCCUUUCUUGCCCUUCGAAAAUCUAUUUUGCGCUAUUUUCUUUGGCGGCAUUUGGGAUAGCUUGGCCAAGAUUUUAGGUCGUGGUCAGAUCAAAGAUGGCGAAGGCAAAGAUGCCAAAAAAAGCAAUUAAAACACGAAUGUAUUGUUUUUCUUUUUUCUUUUUCUUCAUUUUUCUUUUUUUAUAUACGUACAUAACGUAAACGAAAAAGCAACAAAGACGACCCUUGAAAAUAGCUUGAAACGAAAACGAAAUGCAACACAAAAACCUAAUUUAAGAAAGAGAUGGAUUUUUUUGUUUUUUUUUUUUUUUGUUGUUAAAAACUUUUGAACGUACUUUAUUAUUUAUGUAAAGAAAAUCUAGUCAAGUCUAAUUAAUUUAAGUUAAUACGUGUCCUUCUUGUUAAAGUUAUCCUUGCUAUUAAACAACUAGUGGGUGUGUUUGUUAAGUAACGAUGAUAACUUUUAUAUAUAUUUUAAGUUUUUUUGUUUUCUAAUUUAUUUCGUAUUAUUAUAAACGAAGUGACUGAUAGCAAUGCUGCCCAUUACUAUCACUACUACUUAAACCGUACAGUUUUAAAAAACAAAAAUUUACAAACUGAUUUCAGAAUCAGUAAUAUAUACCAAAUUUUGUAUUUGCUUAGUGUUAAGAGAUGUAUUGUAUUGUAAUACGCAAAAAGUAAGACGUUUAGUUAAACCAAGCAAAA